AUGACCAGUCUACUUUUGCAGCGGCUAGUUCUACCUGUAAUAAAAUCAAGGAAUGUAGUACCUAACCUAUUUCAUAUGAACGAAGCGAUUCCUUGUACAAAUACAAGUAUAAGUUCAGUUCGGAACUAUGCCAAAAAUAAGGAUAGAGGUAAAGAUAAAAAAGGCAAAGGACAGAAAGUUGAAAUUAAUCCAACCAUGAUUGCAGAAUUAGUUGAUGUUAAUAAGUUAAAAAGUAAGUGCCAAGAAGCUAUUGAAAAAAUGCGGGAUGAUUUUGCAAAGAAUUUGUCUAUAAGGUCAACCACGGGAUCUAUAGAAUCUCUACCAGUCAAGUAUGAAGGUAAAGACUAUGAAUUGCAAGAGCUGGCUCAAAUAAUAAGAAAAAAUCCUAAAACUCUUGUGAUAGACUUUACAUCGUUCCCACAAGUUAUUCCUGAUGUUCUAAAAGCUAUCCAUAGUUCGGGAUUAAAUUUGAACCCUCAACAGGAUGGAACUAGAUUAUAUGUUCCAGUACCCAAAGUUACCAAAGAACACAGAGAGGCCUUGGCAAAAAAUGCAAAAGCAAUGUACAUCAAAUGCAGAGAUACUUUAAAAGACAUUCAAAAUGAAUUUAUUAAGAAAAGUAAAAAGCAGACAGGGGUUUCCGAGGACUUAAUUUUUAAUGUCACAAAACAAAUUACUGCCUUAUCUGAUCAAUAUCAGGCUGAUUCAAAAACUAUUUAUGAGACAAAGCAUAACGAACUUAUUGGAAAGUAA